AUGGAGGAGCAGACGAGCACUUGUAAGUUCCUCCUCCAAGCUGGAGCAAAUCCACAAGAGACCGACCAGAUCGACCGAUCACCGAUUGACAUUGUCUGGAAUAUGAUGGUACGUGAGGGCAGAACCGAGCGGUUCAGAGCGUUGAUUGAGAUAUUCAAGCUGGACAUUGAAGAUGGAUUUGAUUAUCUCAUGACGAGGAAGUACACGCCUCUGCACCAAAUCAUUAUGGGAUUGAAAACACACCCCAGUCAUGAUACCAACUCACUUCUCGCGCUGCAGCUUGAUUUUUCUAGGGACGAGAUUGAUGCACAAGACACACAAGGGCGAACUCCGCUGCACUGGGCUGUGACCAGGGCUAAUGCUGGCGCCGUUAGGCUACUUCUAGCAGCUGGCGCCUCGAUCAAGCUCCGAGACUACAAGAAGCAAACGCCUAUCCACCUUUGCGCAACUGUCGAAUGGGCUAGGGUCGAUUGUCUGGCGCCGUUGCUCUUUGUCGCUGCCCAGAGAGAGUGGGAGGAACGGAUAAGAGUCAGGCCCAGACAGCGAGAUGGCGCAUUACUCGUACAAUCGCAGUUCAACUCUGUAAUAUGGAAGAGCAAACUCCUUGAUGACAACAAUGACUACCAGGGCCGCACGCCCGCACUGCUCGCGGCGUACAAUGACGGCGAUGACAAGCUGGAUCUCCUCCUACGGCACCACGCCGACAUCGAGAUCACGGACUUCCAGGGCCGCACGCCGCUUCUCUUUGCCAUCUUCCGCGAAUCCGUCAAGUGCGUGGGUCUACUUCUCGCUCACGACGCCCGUACCGACGCGGUCGACAAGCACAAUUCCACGAUCCUCCACUACGCGGCGCGGUUCGGCACACUCGAGAUUCUGCAACUCCUGCGCGAUGGCGUUCAUGGUGUCGAUGUAUGUGCCCGCGACAAGGAUGGUAAUACGGCGCUGGAUAUCUUCACAAAUCACCGGCCCAAAGCACCGAGCCCCGAGGAAUCCUUUACUUUCAAGCAGCUGCUGGAGAAAUCCGUCCUACCCAAACUGACACAGCCGGUUAUAGUGCCAGUUUUGCUUUCAACCGAGGAUGGGGAAAAUAGCGACUUAGAACAGUUCUUUACAGCGGCGUCGAGUAUGGAAGCUUCAAGAGUAAAUUCUUUGGAAAAUUCAGUUGAGGAUAUCCGGACGAUUGAUGCGGAAAGGUCUGGGAGAUUGUUCUUCGUCCCAGCGAUCAAGCAGUGGGUUCAUAAGAUGUUAUAA